AUGUCCUCUGAAGAACCUAAAAAAACUAAAACUGCUCUUACAAAUGAACAAAGAAAAGCUAUAAUUAAACAUAAAGAAAAACAUCCUCAAAUUAGCCAAACUGACCUUGUCGAUUGGGUAAAACAAACAAUGAAUCUUAAAGUCCAUCAAAGUACUAUUAGUCGUUUAAUAAAAAACAAGGAUGAAAUCGGAGAAAAUCCCUUGGCAAAAAGACAAAAAAUGGUUCAAUAUCUGGCACUUGAAAAUACACUCCUAGAGCCAGACACCACGUUGGCAACGGUUUGUCUUAAAGGAAAAAAGAAGGAUAAAGAGUGGUUAACUGUGACACUCUGCACUAACGCCAGUAGAACAGAUAAAAUAAUGCCAUUUGUUAUUGCAAGCAAGAAUGCAUGGAUGACAAAUGCAUUGUUUCAAAAAUGGCUUAAAAAAUUUGAUUUGAAAAUGGCUAGUCGCAAAGUAAUUCUUCUAAUGGAUAAUGCAAGAUGUCACUCGGUCGAAGAAGAUAAUGAUGAUAAAAUGAAUGUUCUUACCGCCAUAAAAUUCAUCGUUCGAGGAUGGAGAGAAGUAUCAUCAGAAACUAUACAAAAUUGUUUUCGACAUACAGGAAUUAUUCCGGGGCCUGCUAAGGAUGAUGAUGAUUUAAUGAAAGAAUUGUAUGAAAAUAUCGAAAUGCUUAAUUACCAAAACGAAUCUGAACAGGCUGAAAAUGAUGAGGAAGAUGACAGUGUAGAAAUCCCUCAAAUUACACAUAAGGAAGCACUAGAUGCUAUUAAUCGAUUAGAGCUCUAUCUUAUGCAGCAGAACCUUGAUGAUGCAGAACACGACAUUGCUUUGUCAAAAUUGUAUGAGUCAGUAAGAAAAUUCCGGAAUGCUUCGUUCAAACAAUUAAGCAUAGAGGCUUUCCUUGAGCCAACUCGUAAU